GUAAAUUAUGUUGUUCAUUUUUCAUUGAAGAUAUGUGUGUUUAAUUCUUUAUUUCCAUAUAUUACACUGUUGAAGGUUGAGUUUUUCUCGAUUUCACCGUAUCCAAACGUUACAAGCUGAAGUGAUAUAAGGACGUAGAGUUUUCAUAGACUCCAAGACGAUGUCAAUACUGUCUUUAGCCAUCGACUUCGGGACGACUUACAGUGGCUAUGCGUAUUCGUUCAAAGAUAAACCAGACAAGAUAUCAACAAAUCAGAGAUGGGCCAAACAUUUGACUUCCCUGAAAACUCCCACCGUUCUGCUGUUAAACCAAAGCAAAGAAUUUGACAGUUUCGGCUACGAAGCGGAGGAACGCUACGCUGAUCUGUUAUUGGACGAAAGCGACGAAGGCUGGAUGCUCUUCCGGAAGUUUAAAAUGAUCCUUUACCAAAACACAAAACUUGACGAAAAGACCACUGUCCAAGAUUUAACGAAGAAAAAGGAAAUGCCUGCGUUAAAGAUAUUUUCACUUUCCUUGAAAUACCUAAAAGACCACGCAUUGGACAACUUGAACUUGGAGCGGCUUUGUAUCACUGAACAAGACAUCACGUUUGUCGUUACUGUUCCGGCUAUCUGGGACGACCGAGCUCGUAUGUUCAUGAGGGAAGCGGCUGUCGAGGCAGGCAUACCAAGAAACCAGUUGGUUAUGGCCCUGGAGUCUGAGGCGGCUUCUGUCUGGUGCCAAAGGGUCCCUGUGGCCAUGGACAAAUCCGCCUUUACGCAGGACAACUCGCGAUACAUGGUCGUGGACUUGGGAGGUGGUACGGCUGAUAUCACAGUCCAUCAGAAGUUGCGGACCGGACAGCUGAAACAGCUUUGCGCGGAUUUUGGGGGCAAAUGGGGAGGACAGGAAGUGGACAACAACUUCAUCCAACUACUUACUAGAUGUCUCGGACGGGAGGCGAUGAAUACGUUUUAUGACGAAUGCCUACAUGACGUUUCUAUUGCGAAGGAUAAACUCAAAAUCGACGCCGAGAUUAUCAAACGGAUGUUUGUUGACUGCAUUUCAAAGACAAUUGAUGCAAUCAAAGAUAAAUUUAAAGGAGAUCCGAGGAUUUCAGAUGUUAAAAAUGUGCUGGUCGUUGGCGGCUUUGCUGAAUGUGCGAUAGUUCAAGCUGAAAUGAAGGAACGCCUUCUUAAAGUGAAGAAGAAGCUCGUGUUUCCCCCAGAAGCUGGACUUGCUGUUCUCAAUGGCGCCGUUUUGUUUGGCCACGAACCAACAAUAAUUGCAAGCAGGAAGACGAAAUUUACAUACGGCUUGAAGAAGAAAACGGACGGGAAAAACACAAUUCAUAUCUUUAUUGAAAAGGAAGAAGAGUAUUCAAAUGGACAUGUAGUCACUGUCAAUGAUUGGCCGUUGUUGGAUAAGAAAGGCGGAUAUGCGACAUUUGAACUCUUCAUGUCGACGAGUAAAACACCAAAGUUCGUUACUGAUCCCACUUGCAAGAACGUAGGAAAACUGGAAAUGAAAGUUCACAAUAGCUGCACUGCAUGUGAAGUUUCCCUCGUGUUUGACACAGAUGCCGUUAUGCUAAGAAUAAAGGAACCGGAAACAGGAGAUAAGAUACGUCUCCGAAGUUUUGAUCAGCCACCUGCCACAAAACAUUGCUUACAGGACUUCGUGUUUGUUCUUGAAGAAUGUGGUUAUAAAAGAUUAGCAGCAAAACUGUACCUUUCCCUUUUCAAAUUGGACGCGGCUACAAGUGUUAACCAUGUACAUAAAACGACAUCAGGUCAAAGGCCAUUGUUAAGCAAAAUGGUUGUUAACUUGAAAAAGAUGGUGGAUGAUGCACAGUUCACUGAUCCUCGGCUUGCAUUAAGCCAAUUAAGUGACAGGUUUAUCCUAAAAAUGCGAAACGAAAGUAAUGAUUAUCGGAGACAAAUUCUUGCUGACAAAUGUGUAGCAGUUAUUGGUGCAGAAAUCGAUGCGAUAGCUAUUACAUUUGACAAAGGUCUUCGCGAAAGAGAUGUCUUCACCAAAAUGAAAAGUCUCACAAGCGAAACAAGUAAUACACUACUUACAGAUGGUGUGUAUUUUGGCCGUUUAGCAAAUGCAAAUGCUAUUGCAGGACGUUUCGAAGAAAGCGAAGAUAUGCUCAGAGCUGCUCGUUGUAAAGCAUUCCAUAUUGGUCCCUGCUUUGAACUUUUGUUUAUGAUUGUAAUCGAAGUGCAAGUUAGACUGUAUAGCUUUGAAAAGAUGCCAACACCAGAAAAAAGGCGGGCACUGUUAAUGUGGGGUAGGAUGGGUCUUGAAUGUGCUAAAGAGGAAAAUUUGGAUGGUAAAACUAUGUGGAGAAGAUCGUUUAUUUUGAGAAUGGUAUUCUGCUUGCUUGGUCUCGGGAACCGUGCAAACGUUAUUGAAAAUUGUCCUGUUGACGAUACAUGCAUUGUAGAAGCAAAGGAACUUCUUGCCGAUAUUGACAGAAACUGGACCGGUAUCGAGACAAGAAGAAAAAUGUUUUACUAUGUUGCUAGAGCUAGAAUAGCGGAGUUGACAAAACAGUACCAAGACUGCCUGGACAAUUUACGAUUCUCCAUGAACCUUGCCCUUGAAGGCCACUUUGACGAAUUUGGAUUCAUUUCAACUUACUUUGAUAAGGUAAACUCUCUGACGCAUCUGAGAAGUAAACAUACAGGCACCAUAGUAGGGGGAGAACCGGAGACGGAAGUGCUUGAUGAAAUUAUAUUAGAUGAAACAAGAAACUAUGCUUUAAUUAAAAACCCGUCAUUUAACCAGAGUCUCGACACUAUCAGCAUCUGUACAUUUGAUGAUGAUGAAACCAUUCCAAAACACAGGCUUUACUCCCCAGUAGCAUGGAAUUCAACAUCAAGAGUGGCCCUUCUUCAAUUUCGUUCAGAUCAGGACACACAUCCAUCGGUUGAAUAUCAGUUAAGAUGUGAAGGAGAUAAUACCUUUCAAGAAACAAGGAGUCAGUCAGUAAACUUCGAGCGAGAGAACGAAAUAGUUUUAAUGAAACACAGAAGUCUUUCGUUUUCCGAUAAAAGCAAUAGUUCAUUCACAAAUACGAGGUUGACAGUAUUCAAACCAGGCAUAUCUGGUAGGUUUUGUAUGGAAAGUAUUACAACUAAACUGGAAAGCUAUACAGACCCAAAGGAAAUAUACUAUAUGCAACAAAUGAGCGCUAGUUUUGAAGGUGAAAGUACAUCUAAAUUUCCAAAAAGAAAGGAUGGCGUAAAAACAGAAAAAUGUGAAAGACUAAAUGUUGAUGAGGACAUUCUAAACUAUGGGCAUGAACAUGACUAUAGCAUCUACCAGCAAGAGUUCCAGAAGCCAGACGCCAUCAAUCAAAGUAAUGAAUCGAAGUUGUCAGUUCGAUUACCAUUAAGUGGCCGCACAUCAGCCGGCAACAGUGAUGCGGAUUCUUUAACGAAACCUAAAUGUUUGGUUUCCGCUGGACACACGUUCUCUACACAAAACCACUUACGUGGUGAAGAUCCACAUGUCAUAGAAACGUAUGACACUUUUAAAACUUCAGAACUAUGCAUGUCUAAUACUGAAAUGGAAGUCCGAAUUUCACCUGCCGGCCGUGACAGUGCUGGCAACACACCAUAUCAAACAAAAGAAAGGUCUUUAGGUUCUCAAGAAGGUAAUCAGAAAGACGGACACUCAAACGUAGAACAUUUAAAUGUGUACCAGUCGUUCAAAGAGUCAGAUUUAUCUGACAAUCUGUCUUCUCUAGAUAGCGAUGAAAUGUUUGGUGAUUGACAUGGUACAUGCGCUGAAUCUUACUGAGCCAAAGCUUUUACAAGGACAUCCACAACGUUUGGUGAUUAACACGUUACAUGCGCUGCAUCUUACUGAGCAGAAGAAAGUGAACGAGCUUUUAACAAGGACAUCCACAAUAUUUGAUUGCAAGGUUUCAAUUCGUAUGUUUUGGUUUCAUGUGCAUCUUUUUUCGUGUUUAUGGUAGAGUUGGUGACAUAUCACUCCGCAUUUUGCGUGUUGUUUCAUAUCUUCAUAGCUUUCUUGAAUCUUUUCAAAUAGAGUUUAUGUUUUUAAGUGUUAUUUUUCCUCAAAAAGGUCAGUAAGGACUCUGAGUUUGUUUCGGUCCUGAUAGUUUUGUUUGCUGUGUAUUUACCGAUUAAUGGUAGUCGAGAUCAUAGAUAUGAAUAUUUGAUUUCUGGUAACCAGAUAUUAUUUUUGUUUAUUUUAAUGCAUUGAAAGUAAAAAAGUUAUUCUAAAUACCAUUUUACAAAUAAGAUUGUUUUAUUACCUGAAAGGUUUCAAAUUUCACGUUCGA